GAGGCAGAGGCCCAGGAGCCAGACGAAGCCUCUCCGGUUCUGGGAACUUCACGGCCCCAGUCGGGGAGUCGCCCUUAAAUCCACGCGGCUCCGGCCCGCAGUCACGCGUGUUAGCCUUCCGGCCUCUCCGAGGGCCCCGCCCCGCCCCGCCCCGCCUGCUGCGGGCCCUUUAAAAGCGCGCUCGCCCGGUGCCGCCUCUCCUGUCCGCCAAGCUCGGUAGCUGCUGCAGCUUGCCAGCCUUGGCCAUGGCGUCCCCGGCCAUCGGGCAGCGUCCCUACCCGCUGCUCCUAGACCCCGAGCGUCCGCGAUAUCUGCAAAGCCUGGGUGGCACCGAGCCGCCGCCGCCGCCGCCGCCGCCCGCCCGGUCGCGCCGCUGCAUCCCCACCGCCCUGGUCCCUGCGUCCGGGGUGUCAGAGGGUCGCGGCGGCCGAAAGAGUGCCCGUAGGGACCCAGAGCCCACGCCCCGAGACUGCCGAUCUGCUCGCCCUGUCCGGCCCGGUUUGCAGCAGAGACUGCGGCGGCGGCCUGGGUCUCACCGACCCCGCGACGUGCGGAGCAUCUUCGAGCAGCCACAGGAUCCCCGUGUCCUGGCCGAGAGAGGCGAGGGGCACCAUUUCGUGGAACUGGCGCUUCGGGGUGACCCGGGCUGGUGUGACCUGUGCGGACAGGAGGUUCUGCGGCAGGCGCUGCGUUGCGCUAGGCUGAAGGGACAUGGUGGGACAAGCAAAGGGAGCUUGGAGAGCAAGGCGGAAGCUGUAGACUGUAAAUUCACCUGCCACCCAGAGUGCCGCAGCCUGAUCCAGCUGGACUGCAGACAGAAAGAGGACCCUGCCCUGGAUAGACACUCUCCAGAAAGCACCCUCACCCCCACCUUCAAACAGAAUGUCUGUAAGGCAGUGGAGGAGACACAGCAUCUGCCCACCAUACAGGAGAUCAAGCAGAAGAUUGACAGCUACAACAGCAGGGAGAAACACUGCCUGGGCAUGAAGUUGAGUGAAGAUGGCACCUACACAGGUUUCAUCAAAGUGCAUUUGAAACUCCGACGGCCAGUGACGGUGCCUGCUGGGAUCCGGCCCCAGUCCAUCUAUGAUGCCAUUAAGGAAGUGAACCCUGCAGCCACUACAGAUAAGCGGACAUCCUUCUACCUGCCACUUGAUGCCAUCAAGCAGCUACAUAUCAGUAGCACCACCACUGUCAGUGAGGUCAUCCAGGGGCUGCUCAAGAAAUUCAUGGUUGUGGACAACCCUCAGAAGUUUGCACUUUUUAAGCGGAUGCACAAAGAUGGACAAGUGCUCUUCCAGAAACUCUCCAUUGCUGACUGCCCUCUCUACCUGCGUCUGCUCGCUGGGCCUGACACUGAGGUCCUCAGCUUUGUGCUGAAAGAGAAUGAAACCGGAGAGGUAGAGAGAGAAGAGCAGGACAUGUUUUCUUGAAGCUCUUCUGCUGGCUUGCCUCUGGCUGCAAGUGGACAAUGGUGGUAUAGAGGAGAUUCCUCAAAGCACAGGAUGAUGCCCACACACCGCUUUUCCAUCAAGCUUCCCAAUCAGGCUUUGACUUUGAAGAUGAUCAGAUUAUGAUGACUCCAGCUCUUGACUAGUUCAAACUUAAAACAGAUUAGCCAGAGGCCACACCAACCAGUAGCCAGGACUGCAAAGACACUCAAUACAGAGGGAGAAUAACUUGCCCUUUUCAUAGAGGGACAGUGUUCCAAUCUAGCCCCCAAAAGAGACCUUUCUUGUUGCCCUUGCCUUCCCAUGCCCCUCAGAUUGUUUUAAGCCCAAGCUUCUUUGUGUAGCCUCAAGAGUCCCCUCUCCAGCCCAGGCUGAGUCUACACUGCUCCUGUCCCAGAGGAAUGCCAAGUCCUUGUCAUUCACACUGUGUGUCAUCUUCCUCAGAGCUGCGAGUGAGGUUGUGCCUGCCAUCAAACCCCUGGCUGUCAGCCAUCUCAUGCUCAGCCUUAGCACUUCCUUCCCUUCUUGCUGUGUGCUACAGGCACAUUUGGAAAGUCAUUCCCUUCAUCCUGCAUGUCUGCAGCAAUAGGAGAAGGCAUGGCUCCUGCUGUUAAACACUGUGAAUGCUGCUGAGAACCUCCCUCCAUGGAUGGCUAUUUUAUUUUUGAGAAGAAAAAGAAGUUAUGUAUGUAUAUACACAUAGAGGCAUAUAUAUAUAUAUAUAUAUAUAUAUAUAUAUAUAUAUAUAUAUAUAUAUAUGGUGUUUAUUCAGAAAAUUAUGGUAUAAUUCAGACUUUAAAGCACAGUUACACCCAGGACCUCUACUGAGGUUGAGCAUCUGGAAAGCGUGUUGAGUUCCUCAAGUCUCAGAGCCGGGUGUAACUGCUGGUAGUGCCUUCUAUGGUUGUAUUGCUUUGUGUGUGUUUGUUUUGAGAUUUUCUUUCUAAAUGUCUUUCUUAUAUGUUUUUUUAAUGAGUAAUAAAAGCUUACCACAAAAAAAUUCACAGUGGAAACAUCCUCAUCUUAAUGGAGAAUGGGCUGGAGAGAGGUAGACAGGAGCAGUAGUACAUUUUCUUGGCACAGCCAAGUUUUCUUCCACAGUAGGCUUGGGAAUGAAGGCUACCAUUUAAAUGCUUUUGAGAAAAUUGUUCAAACAUAGAGGGGACUGCCUCAGUGGCUGGCUCUACCCCGUUCCCCCAGUGCUGGAGAGCAGAGAGGACUCAUAGCAAACCACGUGUUGACUUAGAAAAGAGCAAGGACUUUCUGGAUACAAAGUUAAGCAAGAGUUCUCUUCUGGACUUAUUUACAACUAAGAUGCAAAUGUGUCACUGGUAGUAGCUGCAGAGGGCUGAACAGACACCAAAGUAGGCCUCAUUCUGGCACCCUCUGAUUUCCAGCACUGAAAUAUCAUUAAAUUCACAGAAACAGCCACAUGAAGUUAACCAGAGAAAUCACUUCCUACCUUCCAGUGUUGCUUGUGUAUCAUGCAAUGCAUGAGGCCCUCAGGCUGCAGAGGCUGUUCCAGUUGUCCCCUUUCCACCAGGCAUCCUUAAAAUUAGCCAAUCACAGGGCUGAUGUGAUGGCUUAGUAGGUAAAGGUGCUUGCUGCCAAGCCUGUCGACCUGAGUUUGAUCUCUGACUCACAUAGUGAAAGAGAACCUACUCCCACAAGUUUUCUUCUAACCCCUUCAUGUGUGCACCUAUGCAUGUAUACAUAAUGUGUGAGUGUGUGUUUGUCUUUAUGUAGCCAUGGCUGUCCUGGAACUCACCAUGCUGACCAAGAUAUCCUCAAAUCUGAGAUUCACCAGCCUCUCUGCCUCUGCCUCCCAUGUGCUAGGAUUCAAGGUGUCUCCCGUCCACCUGGAUUAUACUUAAAAAUUGGAACAAAUUAGCUGACAUCUAAAAUCCGCCUAGUCUUGUACAUCUUGUACCAGGGUCCAACCAGGUGGGUCUGCCAUGUCCCUUACUUCUGUGUACCACGCCCAGUCCCAAAUUCAGUGUACCAGCCUAGUCUGGUCAUACAGCCUCCAACCUCCAGGCUUUGGUGAGGACAGAGAUCUCACCCACCUGCCCAGACUUAAUUCCUAUCACCUGACUCCAUCCUCCUGCACAAAAACUAAGUCCAAGUGGAUCAAAGAUCUAAACGUGAAGCCUGAAACACUGAAACUGCUGGAAGAAACACAGGCCGGAUCCUACAAGAUACAGAUACAGGGAAAGAACUUCUGGAAUAAGGACAUAUGCCCUGAAAUUAAGGCAAACAGCUAAGGAGACAAAUCAAGUGAAGAGGGAGCCCACACAAUGGGAAAGUUAUACAUCAGAGGACUAAAAUCCAGAAUAUAUAAAGAACUCAAAAAAACAGAAAGUUAAAAUAGUAAACAACCCUUUUUUAAAAAAUGGACUAAGGAACUAAAUAGAGUUCUCAAAAAAAAAAAAGGCAAUAAGAAAUAUCUUAAAACAUGAUCAUCAUCACUAGCAUUUAGGGAAAUACAAAUCAAAACAACUUAGCCCAGUCAGGCUGGCAGCAAACACUGGAGAGAAUGUAGGAGAAGGAAAUCUUCAUUCAUUGUUGAUGGACUGCAAAAUGACUGAGAAUCAGGUGGAGAACUUUUAAAAAACUACAAGUAAAUCUAUUAUAUUGUCCAGCUAUACCACUCCUUGGCAUAUGCCCAAAAGAUUUGAUAUACUACCCCACAGACAUGUGCUCAGCCAUUCUCACUGGGGCUCUACUCACAACUUAAUGUCCUUCAGCUGAUGAAGGACAAGUAAAACAUGGUACAUGGGCACUACUACACUAUGGAUGUUAUUCAGCUGUAAGGAAAAAAAAUGAAACCAUGAAAUUUGUAGGUAAAUGGAUAGAGCUAGAAAAGAUCAUAUUGAGUAGUAUCCCAUACCCAGAAAGACAAACGUCAUUGUUCUCUCUCAUGGUUCCUAGCUCCAAAUCUUCAGAUGUGAAUACAUAACCUGGAGUAACUUGCAGAAACCAAAAACCAAGAAAGUAAAAGUGGAGGGCUGGAUGGGGCGGCUAUUCACACUUCCAAGGGAGGGAAGCAACCAAUAGUCCUACCCAGUUUGAACACCUAUGAACCGUAACAAUGACCAGAAUGGCAAAACAUCCUUAUGGGUACAACAGUAGCACUCUUUUAUCUUGACAGUAACCAAGUGUUUAAUUUGCCUUACAGCCCUCUCAACAAGAGGGAAAUCAUAUCUGGUACUGAAACCCUCACCAACUCCCCAGAGCUAGUGAGGUCUGGAUCUUAAAGGAGACCCCACUAUUGCCACUUUACUAACUAUCAUAGUUCCCAACUGCAUUUUACAUACUUAUCCUUAUACCCACAGGCAAGUGUCGCUCUCACACAACAAGAAAUGUCUUUUUGAAAUGGAGACCUCUACAGAAAAACCCCAACUAGCCAAAAUGCAGAGGAAAUCUGAUCAUUGGAUGCCCAUCACCAACUGAAAAAACUACAAAACUCCUGCACCUACCCUGGUGUGGUGGCACGCACCUUUUAUUCCAGCACUUGGGGGGCACAGCAGUUGGAUCUCUGACUUCAAAGCUACCCUUCUCUACAAAGCAAGCUUCAGGCCAACCAGGGCUACAUAGUGAGACCUUGUCUCAAUAAACAAAACAAAAAAGCUCAGCUAUCAUUAUAGAAGAGGGAACAGAAAUACUCUAAGAGCCAGAGAACCAGAAAUUUGCUGUAAGAACGUGUCUCCUAGAAAUGACAGACACUUCACUCGUGAUACCUUAGGGCAGCCUAAACAAGGACAACACCAACACUCAUGUUAACAUGGAAGGGGGAAUCCUAUGGGCCCCACUGCCCCACUCUAACAACUAAGGAAUGAUCAAAGUGGGAGAUAACCUUCCCCAGGGAUGAGCCCCUUAACUGGCUAUCCAGUAACAAGUGAUAAACCCUAAACUCAUACAUCAAGUAACACUAAACCAGCUGAGCAGGUUGGAUUUUUAUUUGUUAUAAUAUUUCUAUAAAGUGCAUAUGCAUGUGCUUGCGCACACAUGCAAAGAAAAAUGCCAUAAAUUUGAAAGAAAGGAAGAAGAGUUAUAGAAGGGCUUGGAGGAAGAAAGCAGGUAAACAAGCCUCCUGCACCAGAUUAAGAAACUGCAUUCAAUCACUAUGUAAAUCUGUAACUUCUGUCUACCUACCAGAAGAUGCAUGGAAAUGAAGCAGUUCUGGUAUUCCCUGAACUUAUUUCACUGUAGCAUGGCAUCAAUAAAUUCAAAGCUCAGUUGGGCAUGGUGGCAAACAGACCUGUAAUCCCAGCACUCAGGGAGAUAGAGGUAGGUGGGUCACUGUGAGUUCAGGGCCAGCCUGGUCUACAAACUGAUUUCAGAACAGCCAAGGCUACACAGAGAAACCUUGUCUCAGAAUCAAAGUCUAACCUUGAUAUAGACUUAUUUGGCUUAGUACUGAGAGACAAUCCAUUCCAAUUUGACUCCAGCUCUACCCUCUUCCACACCUCCAUGCCAUUCAGAGGGGCAGGGAAGUGGGGAUUGGGACGGGGGAUGAUUCAGUGCAAAUGUAUCACUAUUCCUAGAAAAACAUCACAGCACAGGCCUGGACAACAUACUGGACUAGCAGAGUACCAGCUGAACCACAGUGAGGAACAGAUCUCCCUUUAGCAGGGAGUCAUGACUCCUACCUCACUAACACUCUAAGAGGCCUGUGAGAACCCAGCAGUGCUGCAUGCUGUCUGUAUGCAUGCAAGGACAUUUGCCAGUACUGUUCAUACUCUUCAGGAGCAGACGUGCCUAUACAAAGGCUUUGCUGUUAUAGGAUCCUGCUGAAGUCAACAUCUAGAAGGCAUUUCUGGGUUCAAUAUGUGCAUACUGGAACAGACAGGAUUAAUGAGAUUAAGAAGCUUACUUCUAGCCAGGCAUGGUAGUGCAUGCCUUUUAGCCCAGUACUUGGGAGGCAGAGGCAGGUGGAUAUCUGUGAGUUCAAGGCUAGUCUGGUCUACAGAGCAAGUCCUGGAUAGCCAGGGUUGUGUACACAGAGAAACCCUGUCU